CUUUUUGUCAUCCACUGCGUUCAAUUGUUUCCUAAUUGAUACAAUCAACACAUUAUCCAAGGAGUUUUUUGCGCCCGCAAUCGUUUUUGCUAGGGUACUACGGGCUCAGCAGGUGACUGGCCUGAGCAUCAUGGGUUCCGCAGCGGUGGGACCUCACGAUGGUCGGAAAGCUAAGCGGAAACGAUGCAAUACAUGUGUGAAGCGAAAAAUCAAGUGUCACGGAGGCGUACCCUGCGAAUAUUGUAGGCGCACGAAUCAGAAAUGCGAGAUGCCAGCCAAACCAGCAACGUUCAAGCCAGUAUUUGUUAUGGAUCGUCCGGAGUCCACGACGGCACCUGCAGAGAUGAUGGACACCCAAGCUAUUGCACGACCUGUAGUAUCUCCUUCUUCACAAUUGAUAUCCCGGCAUCCUGAUCAUAACAUUCCGUAUUUCUUCAUGGUUUUUCUACCCAUGAACGUUCUGGUAAAUGAUCGUGUCGCAAUCUCCAUCGAUCUUCUCAGUUUGAUCAAAACCACACCAGGUCUAAGAGACACAAUGUUUGCUAUUUCAAUUCAGCAUCGAAAACAACAGCAGGAGCAGCAAGGGUUAGUCGCGAAAUCACAUCAAAGUGUAAAGGCUUUACAGUUCUACAACAACGCUGUUAAAUGCAUGCAAGCCCAGAUCAAGACCAAUACAUACCUGGACAAUGUAUCCUCUCUCUGGACGACAUUUUUCUUAGGCCUGUUCGAGCUGAUGCGCGACUCGACGGGGAUGAAUUGGUUGUCACAUUUUCUACACGGAACAUGCACUAUACUACGCCUCCAGCAACCCCACAGUCUCCUUCAACCUGGUGUUAGUACUUCAAAUCAUCGCACAUUCUUUCUUGCUACCCGCAUAUUCGAAAUAGCUCGAUCUUUGAUUUAUUCUUCUCCAACUUUCCUUUGGGAGCCAGAAUGGACUGCUGUCGUAGCAGAGUUAUGGCGUGGUGAAAACGCAUUGCAAUGGCAUCCGAAAGAAGCGUUAUUUGACAUACUACCAAGCUUUUCAGAACUGAGUAUUCGCGCCCAUCGCUUCUCGACAACUGCCGUUCAACCAAUGACAGAAAAACAACGCGUUUCAGUGAGAUCGCUCGCUGAAGAAGGGCUUGCCUUACAGGAGAAAUUGCAACUCUGGUGGGCUGAAACUGAUGCUUGGAAAACGUCAACUCAUCAUCAAAACGACAUAUCAUCCGAUCGAGAACUUCUAUUAGGCUAUGCCUACUACCACGCAAUUAAAAUCUAUCUUUCGGGAACCUACGAUUAUCAUGUACCCUGGACCUCUCCUGGUGCGCCUCCUGCACCGAUCUUGUCGCGGGCUGAGAUCGAUUGGCAUGUAUGCGAGAUUCUACGUCUGAGCCAGAGCUUAAUAGCCCACGGGAUUGCGGGAAUAUUUCUGUUCUUUCCUUUGAGGGUUGCGGGAGCAAGGGCAACGGAAAUUACAUUAAGACGCGAAAUACUGAAUGCCUUCCACAUAACCUCUGAGCGAGGAUUUAUCGUUGCCGACGCCCUCGUUCAGGAUUUAUCCGGACUUUGGUCGGAGAGAGAUGCUUCGAGGUGAAAUAAGGAACAAGGUGGCUUUACAUAGCUAGCUUUGUGUUGGCAUAAUUCUGUAUUAUACGAUGGCCUACCUUUGGCCAAUCUUGUUUUUUGUUGACGACGUUCGGCAAAUCGAUACUUGCUUCGAUAGUAACUUUUCAAAAUCGGCAUGUCAAUGAUCCACCUUCAUAUCCGGACAGAAUACAUAUUUAUAAGUAUCGGAAUGAGUACUUUGGGUGGAAGUGGAG